GGCUUAUUUAAAUCACACCACACACAUAACACACACAUAAUAGCCAGAUUUUUUUCUUUUUCUUCUUCAUAAAAAAAAAAUUACUCAGUUAAAAAUGGAUAUAUGCGCACCAGAAGAUAUUUCACCACCUGCUACCCCACCCAACUUCAACUUUAGCUCUUCUUCGUCUUCGCAAAGUACUCCGCUACCAAGUCAAUCUAGUCGACGCAGUCAAAGAUUAAGAACUUCUUUUACUGAAUCAACAAACAAUGAAUAUACGUUUGAUGAGGAGCAACUUUCACAUUUGCGUCAAUUAAAGCAAUCUUUCCAACAAUUGACACCACAGCAAAAGCAGUUUCUAUUAUACGAAAUCAUCAAUAGUUGUGAUAACUCUCAGCUGACUUACUUGAAUAAUUUGAUUGCACCAAGACUAAAGAUUGAUUUUCUUAAAGAACUGCCUAUCGAAAUAUCACUUCAUGUACUAACGUUUAUUGAUGAUCCAAAGACAUUGGCAAGAGCAGCAACUGUAUCCACACUCUGGAACUCUUUAUUGAAAGAUGAAGCUACUUGGAAAUCUCUUUGUAUGAAACAUCAGUAUCGCCGACGUAAUUCAAGUAUAUGCGGCGGAGAACUACUAGAACCACCGAGUCAGCGCCGAAAUUUUUCUUAUCGUGAAUACUUUAAACGCAAAUACAAUAUUGCAGCUGCUUGGGCUCACGGUGGAAAAGUCAAGGUAGUUGAAGAUGGUUUUGGUGAUGGUUUAGUCACCUCUCUACAGUAUGAUGAGAAAUACAUUGUCGUAGGAUGUGAUAAUCAUCGCAUAGAAGUGUUUGAUACAAACACCGCCGAGAAGGUGCGGACUUUGGAAGGUCAUGAAGGUGGCGUGUGGGCAUUACAAUUUAAAGGUGGCGAAAAGCAUGAUCCUGAACGUAUCUUGGUUACAGGUGGAUGUGAUCGUGAUGUUCGUGUUUGGAACCUUAAUACAGGUGAGUUACGUCAUACAUUGCGUGGUCAUAAUUCAACUGUGCGCUGUCUUCGAAUGAAAGAUAAAAGAAUUGCAGUAACCGGCUCAAGAGACACAACAAUGCGAGUUUGGGAUAUUCAAAGAGGAGCACUUCUGCAUGUAUUGCUUGGACAUCAAGCAAGUGUUCGAUGCAUGGAAAUCAGUGGAAAUAUUGUCGUUUCUGGUUCGUAUGAUUCUACAGCAAGAGUAUGGGAUCUACGCACGGGAAGAUGUCUUCAUGUAUUAGCUGGUCACUAUACACAAAUUUAUGCCAUUGCGUUUGAUGGGCACAAGGUUGUGACAGGUUCUUUAGAUUCCAACAUUCGUGUUUGGUCAGCUGAAACAGGACAAUGUUUAGCUACACUACAUGGACAUACAUCACUUGUAGGGCAACUCCAAUUAUCAGGUUCAACACUGGUUAGUGGUGGAUCGGAUGGAUGUCUGCGUGUAUGGGAUCUCCAACACUACGAAUGUAUUCAACAAAUAUCAGCACACGAUAAUUCUGUCACUUGCCUUCAAUUUGAUGAUAGACGUAUGGUGAGUGCUGGUAAUGACGGCAGAAUCAAGUUAUGGGAUAUCAAACAAGGUCGUUUGAUUAGGAAUUUUACUCUACCUGCAAAAACUGUGUGGAAAAUACAGUUUUCAGAUACAAAAGCUGUUGUUUUGAUGCAGCGUAAACGAUCCGCCAAUUCAGAGGAAGGAAAGACUGUGAUGGAAGUUCACGAUUUCGACAUUGGUGAAAUCGAAGAUUAUUCACCAGAAUCAGUUGAUAUGCUCAUAGAUACCUAACCUAUCCGUGUUUUUAGUUUUUAAAGCCAUGUUAUUAUAUUAUUAAAGCCUUGUACACAACUCUCAAAUUUUUUUUUACUAAAAUGCGGACAAUUUACAAAAGGAAAAGAGUUUAUAAUAAUAAUAAUAAUAAAAAGUAAUAGUAAAGAGUAGUAAAUAUGGAUGACCAUGUG